GAUCACAUUAUCCUUGACAUCAGUUUGUCAAAUUGUUUUAUGCUUUUCUACCAGACUUUUAUAUCGUAUCCCAACACCUCUCGGUAAACACAGACAAGUGUAGAUUCAAAAUUCAUAUUUUGAAACUGAUUUUCAUUAUUUCGAAAAAUAACAAAUAUAAAAUCGUGUAGAGUAUUUUUAUUAUAGAUAAUUUUAUAAAAUGUCUGGAAAUUUGGGACCUGGACCAGGAGCCUAUAUGCUACCUAGCAGCUUUGGUCAGCGCGGGCCGCAAUACUCCUUUGGCCGCCGCAUCGAUCGCAAACGCUUUGAGAAGCCCGGACCUGGACCAGCUGCCUACAGAAUCGACAAGGUAACCCGAUAUGGAAAAUCCGAUGGCCAACACUUCUCAAUGCUGGAGCGGCUUCCCCUGCGGAAGCCCAUGCCCAUCAGGUACCAGUAGAGCUUCAAUGUACCAAUGUUACCAAUGAUGAUUUUAAGUCGGCGAUGGAGAUGCAUAUUGCUGUGUGAUUGCAGUCCAUAUGACUGCCAAAUAGAUUAAAGCCGUGUGUUCUGAAGUCAACCCA